UCUCACAGAAGGGGUGUCGAGGGGAAGCGGGGUUGGGUGCAGUCGCUCUUUUUGUAGCGCUGUCGAAACAGCCGAGCACCAAGGGCGAGAGGAAGAGAGGGAUGGACUCCGCUCCGUCAGAUGCCGGCUUGAAUUCUCCAUUGACUUGUCGCUGAUAGCCCGCUGCCAGAUGUGGGUGUCUGGGUGGACCUCGUUCUGUCGCUCCGUAUCUGAGCGUAAAGCUUAGUUCUGCUGCUUGUGGAUCUUUUAUUGUUAUUGCCCGAAAGGACCCAUCCCGCUAGCGUGACAAAAUGAAGCCUUUGUAUUUUUCAGUCAAUUAUACCUAAUACCGAUUAGUCGGUUUGGUACAAGGGGCUGAAGCGCUGCCUCGCUCGGAGGACCGUCAGGGACUCUCGCUACAUGUAGCUGGAUGUGUGGCGGCACAUCCUAUCGCCUUCCCCACGCCUUCCUCCUCGAGCUUUUUCCAAAAUGAAGAAAUUCAAUUUUCGCAAAGUUCUGGAUGGUCUGACCGCCUCCUCGCCCGGUGGCAGCGCUGGCGGUGGUGGGGCUGGCGGAGGCUCCGCGCAUCCCGGUGGGACUGCGGGCGCCGCGGGAACUCCUCGGGAGGAGAUCCAGGAAACGCUAACUUCGGAUUAUUUCCAGAUCUGUAAGACGGUUCGUCAUGGUUUUCCUUAUCUACCCACUGCCUUAGCUUUUGACCCAGUUCAGAAAAUUCUGGCAAUUGGGACAAGAACAGGAGCCAUACGAAUAUUGGGUAGGCCUGGUGUUGAUUGCUACUGCCAACAUGAAAGUGGUGCUGCAGUCCUACAGCUCCAGUUCUUAAUCAAUGAGGGUGCUUUGGUCAGUGCAUGUGCAGAUGAUACGCUCCAUUUGUGGAAUCUCAGACAGAAACGACCAGCUAUCCUCCAUUCUCUGAAGUUUAACAGAGAACGAAUUACUUACUGCCAUCUACCUUUCCAGAGUAAAUGGCUUUAUGUUGGAACAGAGCGGGGAAAUACACACAUUGUAAAUAUCGAGUCCUUCAUUCUUUCUGGAUAUGUUAUCAUGUGGAACAAAGCAAUAGAACUAUCCACUAAGACUCACCCUGGGCCAGUUGUACAUUUAAGUGAUAGCCCAAGAGAUGAAGGGAAACUAUUGAUAGGCUAUGAAAAUGGGACUGUAGUAUUCUGGGACUUACGAUCUAAAAGAGCUGAUUUGAGAGCUUAUUAUGAUGAGGCUAUUCAUUCUGUUGCUUGGCACCAUGAAGGGAAACAGUUUAUGUGCAGUCACUCUGAUGGAAGCCUGACCUUAUGGAACCUGAAAAGUCCUAACAGACCUUUCCAGACCACAAUCCCACAUGGAAAAAUUCAAAGAGACGGAAAAAAACCUGAAUCCUGUAAACCAAUUCUUAAAGUGGAGUACAAAACCUGUAAAAACAGUGAACCAUUUGUGAUAUUUUCCGGUGGGUUGUCAUAUGAUAAGGCUUGUCGAAGACCAAGUCUAACGAUUAUGCAUGGGAAAGCAAUUACAGUUCUUGAAAUGGAUCAUCCUAUAGUUGAUUUUUUAACUCUUUGUGAAACCCCGUAUCCAAAUGAAUUUCAAGAACCUUAUGCUGUAGUUGUGCUUUUGGAAAAAGAUCUCAUUGUUGUUGACCUGACACAAAGCAAUUUUCCAAUCUUUGAAAAUCCAUAUCCUAUUGACAUUCAUGAGUCACCUGUCACCUGCACAGAAUAUUUUGCCGACUGUCCUCCAGAUUUGAUUCCUGUACUCUAUUCUGUAGGAGCAAAACAUAAAAAGCAAGGAUACAGCAAUAAGGAGUGGCCUAUCAGUGGUGGAGCAUGGAAUCUUGGAGCUCAGACAUAUCCUGAAAUCAUUAUUACAGGCCAUGCAGAUGGAUCAGUAAAGUUUUGGGAUGCUUCUGCCAUUACACUGCAGAUGUUGUACAAAUUAAAAACAUCAAAAGUCUUUGAAAAACAGAAGCCAGGGGAAGGAAAAGCAACAGCUGAGAUUGUGGAAGAAGACCCUUUUGCAGUUCAAAUGAUGUACUGGUGUCCUGAAAGCCGAAUUUUCUGUGUGGCAGGAGUUUCUGCGUAUGUGGUUGUUUAUAGAUUCAGCAAACAUGAAGUAAAUACUGAAAUUGCGUCACUAGAGGUACGACUUCAGUAUGAAGUAGAAGAUAUCAUUACUCCUGAACCGGAAAUAAUUCCUCAAUUUCCAGAUGCCUCUUCCCAGCUUCCUUCUUUAAAGAGUCUUUCAGGUAGUACCAACACUGUAGCAUGUGAAGGAAUGAUGAAGGACAGUAUCCCGUGUCUUAGUGUUAAGACUCGACCUGUGCGAAUGCCUCCUGGAUAUCAAGCAGAUCUUGUUAUUCAGUUGGUGUGGGUGGAUGGUGAGCCUCCACAACAGAUUACCAGUCUUGCUGUAAACUCUGCCUAUGGACUAGUGGCAUUUGGAAACUGCAAUGGUUUGGCUGUUGUGGACUUCAUGCAAAAGACAGUACUGCUGAGCAUGGGAACCCUUGAAUUGUACGGAUCGAGUGAUCCGUACCAACGCCAGCCCCGUUCACCUCGAAAAAGCAAGCAGUUUGCUGCAGACAACUUUUGCAUGCGUGGCCUGUCUAACUUUUAUCCAGAUUUAACGAAACGGAUCCGUACUUCCUAUCAGAGCCUGACUGAACUCAGUGACAGUCCAGUUUCCCUGGAGCUAGAGCGUUGCAAGUCUCCCACUUCAGAUCACGUGAAUGGUCACUGUACAAGCCCAACAUCCCAGAGCUGCAGUUCAGGAAAACGACUUUCCAGCGCGGACGUCUCAAAAGCAAACCGCCGAGGGCCCGGGAGGCCCCCCUUUAGAAAAGCACAGUCUGCAGCCUGCAUGGAGAUUUCCCUCCCAGUCACCACAGAAGGUUACAUUUCCAGACGGGCAAUGCUUCAGCAAUUACACGGAAUCAGUUCAUUCUCACACGACGAGCGUCACUGUACUGCUCACACAUGGAUGAACAAAGAAAACCGAGAAAACUCCUUCAGCCGUUCCCGAAGCUCCAGCGUGUCAAGUAUUGACAGGGACUCCAAGGAGGCAAUCACAGCCUUGUACUUCAUGGAGUCCUUUGCCCGAAAGAAUGACUCUGCUGUCUCCCCAUGCCUCUGGGUUGGAACGGGCCUUGGUAUGGUCUUAAUCCUCUCUCUUAACCUGCCUGCCAGUGACGACUUACGGCAGUCAGAGCCAGUCAUGGUGUCACCGAGUGUUUGGCUGUCUUUCCUGUCAGAAGGCUGCAGAGAAGCAGAAGGGAGCUCAGGAAAGGAAACACAAAUGUUGGCAGGCACAGUUCUGACACUGAAAGGAGCCGUGCUGACCUUCGCCUGCUUGGACUGCACGGGGACAUUGAUACAUCCACCUUAUGAAGUAUGGAGGGACCCACACAGUGCUGAUGAUGGUGAAAAAACAAGGAAAAGAAAACUCGUCAUGCAUUCCCCUUCCUCCUCCCAGGAUAUGGGUGAUCAUCAAUUUGCAGUCAUUUGUUCAGAAAAACAAGCCAAAGUCUUCUCAUUGCCUUCCCAAACAUGUCUUUAUGUCCACAACAUCACCGAAACGUCCUUUUUAUUGCAAGCAGAUGUGGUCACCCUCUGUAACAGCGUCUGUCUGGCGUGCUUUUGUGCCAAUGGGCACAUCAUGACACUGAGCUUGCCCAGCCUUCGCCCACUGCUGGACAUCAAUUAUCUGCCUGUAACGGAUAUGAGGAUAGCGCGGACCUUUUGUUUCAGUAACGAAGGGCAGGCUUUGUACCUCAGCUCUCCCACUGAGAUCCAGCGCCUCACGUACAGCCAGGAGAUGUGUGACAACCUGCAGGACAUGCUUGGGGAUUUGUUUACUCCUGUGGAAACACCAGAAGCCCAAAACAGAGGCUUUCUUAAAGGGCUUUUUGGAGGAAGUGGACAAGCUUUCGACAGAGAGGAGCUUUUUGGUGAGGCCACGGCAGGAAAAGCCUCUCGCAGUCUCGCCCAGCACAUCCCUGGAUCAGGUGGAAUUGAAGGUGUGAGAGGAGCUGCAGGAGGAGUCAUUGGGGACUUGACUCGCGCUCGUAUUGCUCUUGAUGAGAGAGGACAGAAACUGGGAGAGCUGGAUGAAAGGACCGCCAGCAUGAUGGCCAGUGCAGAGGCAUUUUCCAAACAUGCACAUGAGGUGAUGCUGAAAUACAAGGACAAAAAAUGGUACCAGUUUUAAACUUCUAAAGAAUCUGCUUGUGGCUUUGUUCAGAACACUGCUGAGGGAAGCAACGUUCAUUCCCAAAUCUAUCAGUCAUCAGCCAGAAACAAUUUUUUCUCCUAGAAGAUGUUUUCCUCUUACUGUGUUGGAAUCAUCGCAGUGGGCGUCAAAGAAAUUUUCCAGAACAUGAGUUGGAAACUAGAGUCAUGGGGGCUUUAUGGCAGCAACUGGUUUAUGCAGUAGCCAGUCUUUCCCAAAAGGAACUCAACCAUCACUGUGGCAUGUAGCUUUUCAGAAGCUGUAGGUAUGAACUGUGGGGAGCCGUGUCUGAUUAAAAAUACUCUGUAAAAACUCGAAUGUUAAUGCACUUAGAAAACUUUGCAUGGUUAAUUGACAUCUUAAAAAAAAAAAAAAAAAAAAAAAGGAAAAGAAAAAAAAAAAAGGAAAAGAAAAAAAAAAAAAGCAUGUUGUGACCGAAGAAAAAUGGGAUUAAUUUAUAUUGAGCAAAAAAAAAAAAAAACUUAAAUGGCAAAAAUCUGUAUUUUUUAAAAAUGAGACUACAAAAAGCCAGUACAUUUCAAGCAUGUUUGCUACUGUUCUCAACAUAAAAAUGAGUUGAGCUGCGUUUUCUUAUCUGCUACUCAUUUCCCUUGAAAAACCUUGCUUGAAAUCAGUGCUGUUUAACUCCUUCCGGAAGAAUAAAUAAUUUCAAAAGCCUAUGUCCAAAUUUUACAGAUUUUUCAAGUAGCUAAACAGGCACUAUCUGAAAUGUCAUUAAAACAUGAGAGCAGAUGAAUUUUGCAAUUCAGAGUACAUGACGUGUUGCCCUUAUCUGUACUUUUAAAAACGAGCCCUAGAUUUAUCUUGGUAGUCCUUGAAGGCUCUGUGGCAUUUGUCAUCCCUGUGGUUUCUCUGUCACUUGGUUGCCUUACUUUUCUGUUGCAGGAAUAGAAAACAAACUUAAAAGAAUCUCCUCUUGAAGUUAGAGAGGGCAAAAAGGGAAACCAAUGAGAGAGUCCCAUCAGUUUUCACUCGCAAGCUGCUCAACAGCUUGCCAAACAAUGAGUUUUUUCUUAAGUGGUUGGUUGAAGUUAUGUUGAGGAAACUGCACAGUAACCCCAUAAAGCUCGUGGAGAGAGCUCCCAGCAGCAAGUCCUCGAGGUGGGCCGCAGGAAGAGCAUGAAAAACAAUUGUUAUGAUAUGUCACUGAAUUGGCACAUACAGAAAGUGACACCACAGCUGUGUGGCAGUUGAUCCUCUGCUCACACCACAAAGUAAUUUGCUUCUCCUUCUGAGUGGGUUGUUUGGUUUCUGCAGUGGACUCUGCAAUACUUUCCAGUCUGCAGAGACAGAAGAGAACAGUAAGUAGAACCCAUCACUUAUUUAUACAGAUGGGUUUUGAGUUUAUAGAUACAGUACAGUGCCACACAGAUGAACUGUUCACUUAGAAAUUGUUCCAAGAUUGCAUUGGAACCAGGGCUCUGAAGACUUCUUUUCAUGUACCUGGACAGAGCUCCAAAUUAGAAAAGGAAAGAUAGGAAAAGGUAGAAGAGCAGCAGGUGGAAAAUUUUAAAGUUUUCUAUAUAAGAGAAAUGGAAGAUGUUCCUUCAGGGAGUCCUGGCUGACACUGAUGCAAACAGACAGCAUUGCCGUCAUAGCUAGAGCUUAACUUCACUAGAUUUCUAUCAUACCCAUGCUCAGACUAUCUGUCUCAUAGAUGCCUUUCCUCUAUAUUUUGCUUUCUUAAAAUAAAACAAAAUAGUACAGGCUAGAAAUCUGGCUUUGCUAUCAUCCCAGCUGCACAAGCUGAAGGGAUGGAACAGAUCUGACAUGUGAAGUCUUAAAUUCAUCCUGGAGCACAAGAGUUGUAUGCUUUACAGCACUUUCAUGUUUCUCUGGGGGCAAAAUCAAAAGAAGAAGCCUGACUGGUCUGGCUGCUUUGGGAAGGAGGCUGGACAGCUUCUUCUCUGUCACAGAACUGUAAUUGUGAGAACAGUAGAAUCUUGGUUGGAAAAGGGUCAAAGGCCAAGUGAUGCCUGUGGUUCAACGAGAGUUAAGGAACUGAAAUUGUGCAUGACCCAGAGGAAGUCUGUGCAUUAAGUGACUGAGGAAAGAGCAAACUCCCUGCUCUGAUGCCAGUAUAAACUGGGCUGGGGAGAUCCUUGCAGUGUCCCCAUCACAGAGCUGCCUGCUCCCCUAUGAGAAGUAUCACUGUAACCAGGCAGCUGGAGUGAGAAACAGCUACACUACCACAGUCAUUCUCUCUUCUGUUUCAAUGCACAUUCACUCUGCUUGUGCACUAGCCUGUACCACUAGUGCGUCUCUGGGCAACAAAGCCUUUUUGUGCAAAUUGUUCAGACACUCCAGCCAACCUUAUAGACUUAAUUCUUAAUUUUCUCUGCUCUUAUGGAGAAGUUGAGGAGUCUGCAUCAGUAUCAGCAUACCAAUCAGAGAGGGUUCUGUACCCAUUCCUACACUUACUUAUGCCCUAAGGUGGUGCAAAUGAAAAGGCCUCUGCCAGUUCAAGCGUGGCACCAUGUUUUCCACUGUACUUAGUAGUGGAAUUUAUUAAAUAUUUAUUUACUAGAUAGUUUCCACUAUUAAUUGGUGUAAUUGGGCCUUAGGAAAUGAGCCAGGUGAAUGCAGGCACACUGUGGCACACUGACAUGGCACGGCAGCGAGCAGUGCUGCAUGAGCUUCCUGUACGCUGCACCUCGUGUGGGUGCUCACAGUGCAAAGCUCCCCUCAGCUUUGAUGUCAGCAGUCCCUGCAGGCUGGAGCAGGACCCUGCUCGCUUGUUGGGGAACCUAGUGUGAAAAUUGAAUAAUGACCUUUAACUGCUAAUCACCACAGUAUGCCCAGAGGGAAAAAAGGUCAUGUGUGCAGUGUUAGACUCACUGGGGCAGCCAGCCACUCUCUGUGGCUGGGAGGAGGGAAAAACCUGCCCUUAGAUUUCCAUCUGAUGCAACAGAAGAAUUAGAAUUCAGCAUCCCGUAAACUUACAGUUUUUAAUAACAAGUUCCAAGCAGCUUUUCUCCAGUACUCCCCCUUGGGUCACAGCUGUAUCUCGCUUUCCACUCUACGUAUUUUCAGUAUUUCCAGACAGUUACAGAUCCCUAUUUCUGUUACGUUUGCCACUCGUGACUAUAAUUAUCAAUUUUCUUGUAGGCUGUAGAGAUCUAAAAAGUUGUAUAUGUUUGUAUAUAGAACAUUCUAUAUAUAAAAUAUAUAUAUGUAAUGUAUAUGUUGUAUAAGUUUGGUAGUGCACACUGUUAAAUGCUUUCUAUUGAGAUUUAUCAUGUAUGUGAAAAAAACUUCACUUAAAAACGUCAAUGAGGGAGGAAGAGCUCUUGCCUGGUUAUUUAUGCUGUCCCUGUGCGUUGAAGUCACACGCUUUCAGCGUUCCACUAAGAGCACCACCUACAGCCCGAGGCAUCUCCAGCAGUGUAAUCCUCAAUUACAGCAGACCCGAAUGCCUGGAAGUAUUUGUUCCAUGUACAAUGCUUCUGUUCACCUGAAUGCCCUUCUCACUCCCAGUCUUCUUUACAGGAGUGCCCUCUCACAACCACAUCCCCAGCCCCGAUGCACCCAACAGCAGCACCUGUAUGUCUGGGUUUGGCCAGUUGUGUUCACCUGUAUUCAUAGGGAUGCGUAUGGACUGAAUAUGCAGAGAAAAUACAUAAAAUCAGAUUAUUUGUAUCAGAGUAGGCAAGUCUCUGGUGAAACACAGGCUAUUUGUUAAAAAAAAAAUAGUCCAUUCAGUGGAGUGCUAAUUUAAGCUUCAAAUGCUGAGUGAGGACGAGCUGAAGGAAGAAGUGAGAGUUGGGUUUUGCUUUGUAUAAUUACUGUUUUCUAAAUGGUUUUGUUUUUUUUUUUUUCCCCACAGUUCUUCAUUCCUCUGUUUGCAUCCAUUAAACAUCCCCUGUAUUACCACU